AUGAAAGCUGAUUAUGAAGAGUACGACGCUAUAAUGAUCGCUCAUUGCAUGAUGCAGAUCAAGGCCAAGUUCGAUACUGACAAAGGUCUGAACUUCAUCCAACAGUACCACAUCAAUCAAGGACUGAAGAAGUUUGGUGAUGAUGGAAAGGAUCCUGUGGAUAAGGAAUUGAGACAAAUGCUCCUGAGAGAUUGUUUCACUCCCAAAUUUGUUAAAGACAUGACCGCGUCUGAGCAAAAGAAGGCCCAAUCAGCGAUGAUGUUUCUCGCAGAGAAGCAAUUUGAAAAGAUGAUUAAAGGUCGCCUAGUAUAA